UUGGUCGUCGUUUUGUGAUCAAUUUAUGAACCAAUAUCAUAGUUACAAGUAUUUCGAUGACGACGACAACGACGACGACGACGACGGCGACGGCGACGGCGACGGCGACGGCGACGGCGACGGCGGCGGCGGCGGCGACGACGAUGACGGCGGCGACGACGACGACGGCGGCGGCGGCGGCGACGACGAUGACGGCGACGACGACGACGAUGACGGUGAUGGUGAUGAUGAUGGUGGUGCGCGUGGGGUUAACACGCUUCUCCCUCCUCUCUCUUCCUCUCUGCUUGUAGAUCUAGAUCUUCUCUCCAGUUUUGCCUCUCAGGUGUGCUCCUCCGGCGCCGGAGAGGGCUUGUUCUCUUUACUUUCUGUUGUAGUUCUUCUCUCCCUCCUUCGUCUCCGUCUUCCGUCGAGAUUAGCUGUUUUUGGACGCGUCUAUCCGCCUAUUCCGGCGCUUCAUGGUGGUGGUUGUCGGAUUGAAGCUGAUGCGUGGCGCAAGGAGACUCUCGGCUUGCUGGUUGGAUUCGUCUAGGUUCUUAGUUUGAGGACGGCUUUGUAACCGGUUUGUUUCUGACAGCUUUUUUUUUUUGGCCGAUUCUCCUUCACGUAUUGGACCUCUUCUCUGGCAAGGGUUGUGGCUUUGUUGCGGUGCCUAGAUAGGUUUGCUCUUCUCCUUAUCGGCGGGUUAUCUUCUCAGAUUGGGAUUCACGGUGGUGCUCCGCCGCAGCCUUCCAGAUGUUGUU